CCCAAGCGUUAGUCGUCACCAGUUCCUUUGUUAAAGCUCUAAGGCCUUCCUUCCAGUUGUUCGUCACCCGCCAUUGCUUUGUCUGUCUCAGAGGCUUUCGUGAGUGAUGCAGGUGCUUGAAGACAAGGAAAACGUUCCUCCGUGCAGCUCGUCGACUGACACACUCUCAGCUGUUGCUCACAAACCUCUUGUGUACAAAGUCGAAAGACCACUCAAACGCAAGCCUCUGCAGGAAUUGUCUGUGAAGAUUAUCGACGAUGUCCUAAUUAUUCACACAAAGCAGAAGAAGCAGGAUCUCAAGAAGAUUUCCAAGUGUUUCAACACCAGCAGCAUCGGCAGCAGGACAACAGAAGUUCGUCACAAUAUCGGCAGCGGCAGCAGUUCUCGUUUCUCUGCGACACAGGCUUUGCUUAUGGGUACAUCAAUGGCGAAGCGUACAAAGCACAAAUCGUCUGCAGCAACAAGCAGUCGGUCCCUUUGCAAUCUUCGUUAGUAUUCACAGUUUCUACUCUACGGUGACUACUUGCGAUGAAUUCGCACAGCCUUCGUCCACCGAGUAGAGUUACGAGUUGCUUGUUUUGUUUUUCUUUGCUUUUGAUGAAACUUUGAAGUCACCUUCUUGCUGCUUCGUCCUGGACACAAACACAGUCCAUACGCACACACACCUUUUUGGUGCUCAUGAAACCCUCACGCCUCUUGAAAGAAGGCCAUUGAUACCCCAUACGUGCGUCUUCCGUUGCCUCAAUGACGCGCGUUUAUAACACUCAUAAUAUCCCAUAAAUUAAACACACGAAACACACGACGUUAAUGACUAAUGAGGAAAAAGUCCACGGUCUGCAUGACUUGACUUCCCUCCGUAGAGGACAGUCAACAAGCCUGCAACGACAUGCCUCUCACUCACGCACAACAAGUGUCGAAGAAUUAAUAGCAUAAAAUGAACACAUUUCUAAUGAUUAUCCAGCGGUAACGGUAGUGAAGAAGGGCAUGGCACACGUACACAGGCCAGACAAGGAACAGAAG